CGUUCUGAAUCAUCAUGCGACGAGAGCGCAGAUAGAUAUGUCGAGAUAAAGUUGUUGCCUUGGCCAGGCAAACCCCUAAACCCUCAUCUCCCUCUCCCGCUACGAUCACCGCCCAUCACUCCCCUUUCUUCUUACCACCGCCGAUGAAUCUCCAAUACCUUCCCGCAAGCGGUUAUCUCCACCGCCGGAGUCCGGUUACCGCCUCCUCCAGUCCACGUAAGCUCUCUCCACCUCUUUCUAGCUUUUCUCCGAGCAUAAUUAACACAACCCCCUUGUCAGUCCCCAAAAUUUCUUCCAAGCCCCCUUCACUUCCCUCCCUCCUGAAAACCCUAGACUCCACCAACCUUCAAUCGAUCCCCACUGAAACCUUAGACUCCCUCCUCUCGAAUCUCACCCCCAAGGAGCAAACCGUAGUUCUCAAAUCACAGCGGAAUUGGAGGCAGCUCCUUCUCGUUUUCAACCGGUUCAGAUCUCAGAUUAGCUACAACCCUAACCCAAUUCAUUACAAUAUAGCACUGAGAGCGUUGGGGAAGGCUAAGAAAUGGGAUGAGUUGAGGAUUUAUUGGGUUCAGAUGGAGAAAGAUGGGGUUUUUCCAACUAACAACACUUAUGGAACCCUAAUUGAUGUUUUUUCUAAGGGAGGUUUGGUAAAGGAGGCUCUUUUAUGGCUCAAACACAUGAAAUCUAGGGGGGUUUUCCCCGAUGAGGUCACGAUGAAUACUGUGGUUAGGGUUUUGAAGGAUUCGGGGAAAUUCGAUGUUGGUGAGAAGUUCUUUAAGAGUUGGUGUAGAGGGAAGAUUGAAUUGGAUAUUGUUGAUCUUGGGUCGGGCUGGGAACAGGGAUUUUCGAGAGAGAAUAAGCCUAGGCUUGCUGCUACUUACAAUACAUUGAUUGAUUUGUAUGGGAAAGCUGGGAGAUUGCAGGAUGCUUCGGAUUGCUUUAAAGAGAUGUUGAUAUCAGGAGUUGAGCCUGAUGCUUUCACUUUCAAUACCAUGAUUAAUAUUUGUGGGUCUUGUGGGCAGUUAUCUGAGGCUGAAUCUUUGCUGGAGAAGAUGGAGGAGAGGAGAAUUAAACCGGAUACUAAAACAUAUAACAUUUUUAUGUCUCUUUAUGCUUCAAGAGGGAAUGUUGAUGGUGUAUUGAGAUGUUAUAGGAGGAUUAGAGAGAUUGGUCUUCGUCAUGAUGUUGUGAGUUCUAGGAUAAUAUUGCAAGUAUUAUGUGAGAAGAAGAUGGUUCAUGAUGCGGAGAAUGUGAUUGCGGAUAUCAUGGCGAUGGGUGGAAAUAUUGAUGAGCAGUGUCUGCCUGUUAUAAUAAAAAUGUACAUUGAUGAAGGAUUGCUUAGUGAGGCAAGUAUCUUUUUCGAGAAAUAUUGUUUUGGGAGGGAGAUUUCUUCUAAGAAUUAUGCAGCUCUUAUGGAUGCUUAUGCAGAAAAAGGAUGUUGGAAGGAAGCAGAGGAUGUCUUCUAUGCAGAGAUGACUAGAGAAAGAAAUAAGGAUAUAAUUGAGUAUAAUGUAAUGUUAAAAGCUUAUGGUAAGGCUAAGCUUUAUGAUAAAGCUCUCAACUUGUUUGAGAGCAUGAGAAAUUGUGGAACCCCACCAGAUGAAUGCACUUAUAACACAUUAAUACAAAUGCUUUGUGGGGCUGAAUUGCUGGACAGAGCAACAGAACUCUUGAGAAAUAUGAAAGAGGCUGGAUUCAGACCGAGAUGCGAGACUUUUUCUGCUAUAAUUUCUGGUUAUUGUCACACCGGUUUUGUUUCUGGGGCUGUUGAGGUCUACCAAGAAAUGAAGGCAUCUGGUGUGGAGCCAAAUGAAAUUGUUUACGGGUCAUUAAUAGAUGGGUUUGCUGAGUCUGGAAGAACUGAGGAUGCAAUUAAUUAUUUCAAAAUAAUGGAAGCAUCUGGACUUACAGUUAAUCGAAUAGUCCUUACUUCUCUGAUUAAGGCUUAUACUAAGGCCAGCAGCUGGAAAGAGGCACAAGAGGUGUAUGCAAAAAUAAAGAACUUGGAUGGUGGUCCUGAUACAAUUGCCUCAAAUUGUAUGAUCAAUCUUUAUGCUGGACUUGGGAUGGUGAAUGAAGCUAAGUUGAUAUUCGAGGACUUGAGGAGAGAUGGUCAGGCUGAUGGUGUUUCUUAUGCCACUAUGAUGUAUCUUUACAAAAAUAUGGGCUUAUUAGAUGAGGCAACCUAUAUUGCUGAGGAGGCACAACUCUCAGGCUUAUUGACUGAUUGUGCUUCUUACAAUAAUGUCAUGACUUCUUAUGCUAAUAGUGGAAAGCUAAAAGAAUGUGCAAUGUUGUUAAAUCAAAUGUUGAGUCGCAGAAUUAUUCCGGAUUCUUCGACAUUCAAAAUUUUAUUUACCAUAUUGAAAAAGGGUGGCCUUGCACCUGAGGCAGUAUUGCAGUUGGAGUCAUCCUACACUGCAGGAAAACCAUUUGCUAGGCAGGCUAUAAUAACUUCCAUAUUUUCCAUGGCGGAGUUUCAUUCUCUUGCACUAAAAUCUUGCGAAGCCUUCUUGAAGGCUGAGGUUCGUGUUGAUACGUUUGCUUAUAAUGUUGCUAUUCAUGCUUAUGGAGCUGCAGAUGAGGUUGAUAAAGCCCUGAGUAUUUUCAUGAAGAUGCAAGAUGUGGGGUUAGAGACAGACCUUGUUACUUACAUUUAUUUGGCGUUUUUUUAUGGUAAAGGGUCAUUAAAAUAUGGCGACAUGGAACCUAACCAGUCUCUUUACACGGCAUUGAUAGAUGCUUACUUAAAUGCAGGCAAGGAUGAUCUUGCAAAAUUGGUUGAUCAAGAGAUGCGGUUUAGCAUUUAUGCUGAAGAUGGCAGUGAAUCAGGAGUUGAAGAUGAUUAAUGAUUGUGUACUUCUUAGUGUUCCUUGGACGAGUAGGGUUCUAAAUUUUUAUCCCCUAUGCUUCUAUGAGAAUGUUGUUGAAUAAUGUCAAAAUAUGGAAUAUUCCAUUUCCCGCUAGAUGUUUUCUAAGCCUAUUAUUUAUAAAGUGUGACUAUUGUUAAAAUAUGGGGACAUGGACGCUAACCAGUCUCUUUCCAAGGCAUUGAGAGAUUCUCACUUAAAUGCAAGCAAGGACGAUCUUGCAAAUUGGUUGAUCGAGAGUUGUGGUUUAGCAUUUAUGUCGAAGAUGGCAGUGAAUCAGGAGCUGAAGAUGAUUAAUGAUCGUGUACUUGUUACAUUCCAAGAACUAGUAUGGUUUUAAUUUUUUAUCUCUAUGCUACUGUGGGAAUGGUGUUCAAUAAUGUCAAAAUUUGGAAUAUUCCACUUCCUGCUUGAUGUUUACGAAGUCUAUUUUGUUUAUAAAAGUGCGACUAUUGUUGACCUCCAAGGAAGACAGACUAUGCUGGUAGAGGAUUGAUAUUUUUGAAUUUACAGUGGUUGACACGGAGUGGCUUGGAUUUGUUGGUACAACUUCAUUGUCCAAAGACUUAACUACCAGAGGCGUCCUAUAGGAGACUACUGCUGGGUUAUAGCCUUAAUAGGGUGCCUUCAUAUAAUGUGUCAAGGUGGUAUGCAAAAUAUUAAAUAUUUAAUUUGCAAAUGGCUGCAUUUCUCUGAGGUGCGAGGCAUUUGGAGUGACAUUUAGUACAGUCACACUUGUAAUCAUUUCUGAUUUCUGUAAACUGGUAUCUUCUAAAGUGGUAGCCCUUUCCACAACUAUGGGAGCUUUUUUUUUCAGUCAUAAGAUGGUACCCUUUUAAACAACAGAAAGUGAAUCAACAGAAUAGGUGACAAACUGGAAACUUUCAGAAAGUGAAUCACAAUACGUGAAUCAAUAGAAUAGGUGACAAACUGGAAACUUUCAGAAAGUGAAUCACAAUAAGAGGAUUUCUGUGAAGUGUGAAGUAUUGACAUGAAUAUGCAUCAUGUGAUACUCAGAAAGUUUGGAUUAAGAUAUUUGGACUGUAAUAAUGGAUCUCUUGCAAGGCACGGAUCUUUUGCUUAGGGCUUUUGGUUACUUGAUGCCUGGAGAUAUGUGAGAAUCUUUGACUCCGUGAAAGUCUCUUAUUGCUAAGUCAAUCAGUGUGCUGAUUUAUCUGCCAAUAGAGGUUGAUUCACUGAGGCGUAUGGACUUCAAAUUUCCUUCCUGAACUGUUGUUUGCAAAGAAGAUUGCUAACAGAUACCAAACUUUCUGAAGAUGUGAAGAAUAAAUAGCAUGGCUAGCUGGAAGAGGAACUGAGCAAGUUCAUGUUUUUGUCCUAACAUAGUUCUCUGCUAACCAUAAUUUCAAGCUCACAGGCUUCUGAUAAUCUCCUUCUAUGACAUGUAAAAGCAUCUGGUACUUUCUCCUCGACAUGCACUGCACCUGAAAAGAAGAAGAGAAAAAUCUGGAUGCUGUUCUAGGAAGCUUGUGGGCCCAUGUAGUUGGUCUUCUUUCUCUGGAUGCAUGGGGAGGUCAAUGCAUGUUUUCUCCUAUUUCCUUUUCCCCCCUUGAAUUAAUGCUUUUUGUUGUUUCAUUCUAACCAUAUUAGUGUCAAACACAAGGUGUUGCAGGCUAGUAACGUUACUGGUUAUGUCACAUGCUUCUUGUGUUGCCAUUCUUCUUCUCUUUAGCAAGCCUAUUAAUGUCGGUUCAUUCAACCUUUCCCCAUUCACUAACUCCAUAUUUCUUAAUUCUAUUCAUCCUCCUAUCCUCACCAUGGACAACAAGAGAAGGAGCAAUCUGAGCUUCCUCCAUGACUUCAUCAUUCAACGCAUCUUCUUCCUCCCAACAAAAAAUCCAUCAGAACCUGCAUUCUCUCCAAACAAUUUUACAAUACUUGGGCCUUUGUUCCAGUUGUGAAUUUUUCCGUUGCUUCUGAUCAGAGCCUCGUCAAUGAUAGUGUUAGCUUGUGUGUUGAUUAUACAAUAGCUUACGAUAUUCAAGAAGCAGAGAUCAACCUUAACUGGGAAACCGAUGCCGAGAUACUUGAACUUCUCUAUCACUGCCAAUCCCUUGAGUCUUUGACUCUUAAAGGCAGUUCUUUUCUGCCCUCUCCAGCUGCCAGAACCCCUUACUUGCUAUUUUCACAAUCUUAGAAUCCUAAACCUCGUGCUUAGCAAUCUAGUUCCUGCGGAUUCUAUGUGGAAAUCAUAUCCAACUGUUGCAAUCUAGAACCCCAGUUCUUGUUGCUGUGUGCUUUGAGCUUAUUAAAAAAUUUGGGCCCAGUCUUAGGAUUGGAGUUCUCUUUUCUCCGUUGUUUCAAAGUACUUGUUAUUUGCCCUGUGUUGAGUAUUUCACACUUGAGAUUGGAGAAAGACUGGAGCAUUUUCAUAAUGAUAUACCUUGUUUGCGAAAGACGGAAAUUGUAAUGCCUGCUAUCAACUCUGAGAGUUAUUUGUUUUGGCUCCAACUCCCAACUUCUUAAAGGUGUUAUGUAUGCAUCUAGUCAUCACUUCAUUUAUGUAGAUUAUAUGGUAUGAUUCAUUAUUACCUGAUAUGGAAUUUCUGUAAGUACCAAUGUUUAUGUCAAUAUAAAUGUACUUCACUUCAGAAGAAGGUAAAGUUGAGUUGCUUGUAGGAGAUUAGUA